AUCACUUAUUGAUUUGAAGGUCAGCACAGACUGUUGUUCUUUAGUUCAGUGUUCAGUAUAAGUCCCAACUUACUCGAAUAAGAAUUUUUAUAUUUCUAAAGAAUUAUUUACCAAGUAAAUAAAUAUAAUGAUUAAACAAAUAUCAAUUGUUAUUGUUUUGUCCGCCUGUUUGAUAACAAAUGUCCGCGCUUCUAUUUACACACGCGCCGUCGUUGAGAGCUGCUCGGGGUGUUCGUUAAAUCGGCUGGCUGAUGUCAAAAAAUUUAUCUUUGAGGAUGUUCCGGAGUACGGUAAUGUCGAAUUUAAGCAUAUCACUGGAGCAAAACCGGAACUAGUUCUUUAUGACAAUGAUGACGAAGUAGAACGUCUUGCGCUGUCAAAACUCACCAGAGAUGAGUGCAAUGAGCUGCUUCAAAGCAAAGGUUUCAGACGUGAGAAAACUCCACGGGAUGAAAUAUAAUUAUUAUUUCUUCUUACAAAAAAUAAUUAAAUUUCAAUUCUUUUCAAUCAAUAUUUUUAAAGAGGGAAUUUUUAAUUAUUUUUCUCGACUAGAGAAAAAUAAUUUUGAAAGUAAAAAAAAAUAUUAAAGGUUUUUAUAAAUGCACAAUUCUAAAUGCCUUUUUAUUAUAAUGUGCUUAUUAAUAAUAAAAUAAAAUCUAUAAACAUA